CAUAAGAGUAUAAGGGUGACUUAUUAUUAAAAACUUAUUAUUAAAAACUAAACUCCCACAAUUUCCGUCCCAGACUGAAGAAAGGUUCACUCGUGGCAGGGAUGUUUUUGAGCUAGAGAUUGAGGAUUAUUUGAACAAUGGGUCCACAAUCCCUCAACUAUUUUACCAUCGACCGGUGAAUCAUGCUCAGCCCUUUUCUAGCCAUAAAUGUUACCCUUGGUCUUGACAAAUCUAUGCAAUGGCAGCGAGCAAAGUGAAUUUAGUUUAAACUCUUGAAGUUAAACCAGCGUCAUCAUCUUCAGAAGAUCACGCCGUGCAUUAUAUUUUUUACGUACCUAGUUUAAAGUGUAAUUAGAUAACUAUACAGUUUCUUCGUUAAUCUGUGUCACAUGGAUACAUUUUGAUGAAAACUAUUAAAAAAUUGUAAGCAUACAAUUAGAUAUACAUAGAUCUAUGUUAGAUAUUUAUAUAUGUAUUAAAUUGAUCAAAAUACGUACAUAUAUAUGUACAUAUAUGUACAUCUAUACAUCUAAUCCAUGCAUACAUAUAUUUAGUACACAAAUUAACUAUAAAAUUGUAUCAAAGUCUGACUAAAAGUCUAUUAAAAAUAAUUUAGGUCACUUACAUAAUUCAUCCGGCUGAAUUUGUAAUUUGUGCUUGCAGAGUUUCAAGUAACGAUUUGCUUAGACAUUAGCCUAACGCAUUUUUAACUAUUAGAAAGGUAAAAACUUCCUUAAAACUGAAUAUUAGGCCGGUCAAAAAAUGGAACGUCUUAAAUGCUCCAAAGCCUUAGAAACAAAGGCGGACACCGUCACACGGCAUCGUGAUGCGAAGGUCAAAUGCAAGGUAUGCGAGAGAAGUUUCAAAAAUCCGUCCAGCCUACGCAGCCACGUGAGGAAUUUUCACACCAACCGAGAGCGACCCAGUUGUGACACGUGUCACCGAGUAUUUUUCAAUUCAAGCAAUUUACGGGACCAUAUUGAAUCCAUCCACAGCACGGGGGAACGACCUCGUUUCCCAUGCACGUUUCCCGACUGCGAGAAAACCUAUCUAAAAAAGAGUCACAUUUCACAACACGUAAAAACUGACCACGCCCAGAUUCCGGUCCGAUUUAUGUGCAACCUUUGCGGCAAAGAAUGUAAAUCUAAGAACAAUCUUAACAUUCACAUUGCCACCCACACGACGGAGAAGCCGUUCAGUUGCAGAAGUUGUGGGAUGAGUUUCGCCCUGAUGAUCAAGCUAAGACGUCAUGAGAUGAUGCAUUUGGAAAAAUCCAGCCGAUACAGGAUCCAGUGUCACCUCUGUCCCGAGACCUUCUUUGGCAGGGAUGGUCUACGACACCACAUUCGAUUUUACCAUGAAAAGGAGAAGAAUUAUCCGUGCUCAUUUUGUGCAAAGAGGUUCCAGUCAGCACCAUCUUUGAAGGGUCACGUGGAGGCGAUACACCCCACGAACAAAGAGAAGAUUUAUACCUGCGACAAAUGCGAGUACACGAGUCACAAUUUCGAAACACAAUUUCGCACAACACGUGCGAACUCACAAUGUUGCGAAUUGGCGUGAGUGUUACUUUUGCAAGAAACUGUUUUCCGGCUGGCAAAUAUUGGUCAGACAUUGUAGCCGAGUUCAUUGUCUCGAGAAGUAAAAGAGUAAAUAUGUUUCGUUGUUCUUAUAAUUUUACCGUCAGAUUACUUUGGUAAAUAAUUUUCAUGCAUUGAUAUGUUUUAGGUAGAGUUUGAUUUGAUUAUUUUUUUGCUACUUUUGAGUUAAUCCAUUGAGAAAUAAAAUCGUGCCUUUAAAACUA